CUCAUUCUGUCUCUCGCUGUCGGACUGUACGGACGUUCUCGCGGCAUUCGUGAAUUUUUCUUGCUCUAUCGCUAUUAACGGUUUUCCCAAACACGAUCGUCAAGUUAUUUGUGAAUUAAAACAAACGCCGGAUUUACGUGCAUAUACAUCUAGCAUUUUCGAUUUCGAAAAUAGCAUACAAAAUAAGUGAACAAUUCGGAGAAUUACCCAUAAACGAAGCUGUCAUUUGUGACUUCUUUGCAAACGUCAGUAAAAGCAACAAAAGUGCCUUUUCUCUUACUCUGCAAACACACAUAAGUAUGUGUGUGUAAAGCUACGACGAGUUGGUAACAAAUACAACUACAAGUGCAAGCAGACUUAACAACUCGCGCUCUCUCAGCCAACAAAACAACAUCGUUGUGUGUGUACGCGCGCCUGCGUGUGUGUGAGUGAAACCACUUUUUACCUGGAUUUACCUGUUUGUGCGAGUGAAAUAAAGCCGAAGCGAAGAAGAGAAGAAGCGAACAAAGCGCAGUUGGCAAUAAAGUGAAUACCAAAGCAAUGCUAGAUUGAGUGAAUGAUAUUUAAACAUUCACCGAAAUUAAAAAAGCGAAUGCAUUUUGUAUAAAUAAUAAUACUAAAAUUAUUAAUAAAACUGUGUGUGGCAUUCGUUUCGUUUCGAUUUGUCGGUGACUUAGUGAGCGAUUGUUGCUUGUGUGCGUUGCCAUGAAAAUGCAGUCUAAACAAACCGCGAAGCACACGAACACAAACAAACAACGACAAGUGUGAGAGAGAACGAAAGAGCUAGAGCGUGAGUGAGUGAACACGAGUAUUCGAGUUCAAUAGAAAAGCGUAAAUUGAAUUGUUGUGUGAAGCGGUGCACGCGGAAAGUGGAAAAGGAAGAGAAGAGCAACAGAGUGAGAACCUGUGAUCUACACACACACACACACACACCUCAGAAAAAUACUAAAUAAAAUACUAGCUGAAAUACUGGGUGAUUCAUUUACAAUAUAAAAAGAAAAAAGUGUCUUUAUGUCGUGAUGAUUUCAAAUACAUGAUUUCCGCGCUCUUUCAUCUCCCCCAAACAAAAGUCCCCUCCUCCAGUGUAACAGAAUAAAAUGCAAUAAAAUGUCGUUACAAGCGGACAACAACAACAAUCACACCAACCGGGACAGCAACAACAACAACAACUACAACCGAAAUAACAACACGAAUUCAACGCAACAGCAACAAGAACAACAGCAGCAGCAGCCACAUCAGCAGCACAAGCGAAAAUGUCGCAGUCAGCGACAAAGCUACAGCUACAGUUACACCUGCCCACAGCCGCGCCCCCUCACCAGGCUGAUGGCAUUAGCGAUAGUUAUCGUUAUCGCCAUCAUCUGCAAUUCUCCCGCCCUACUCGUUCAAGCCCUUCAAGCUAGCUCGAGUUCCAGCUCCCGUUUGAGUCCGAGUCACACGUCGACGCUUGGAGAUAAUCGCAAACCCACCUUCGUCAAUUGCAGCAAAUAUGCCCCGUCCGUGAAAGAAGAGCAGCCGGAGAAUACAUAUGUGUUCAGGGUGACGGCUGUGGAUCCGGAUCCAGAUCAGGAGAUACGCUACAGUCUCGUCCAGUCGGCGGCAGAUCGCAGCAAAUUCGUUAUUCAUCCCACCACCGGUGUCAUUAUGACAGCUCACAUUUUUGAUCGCGAUGAACCGAUUCAUGAGAAAUUCGUCUUUGUCACGGUUCAGGCAACCGAUAACGGUUUACCGCCCUUGGACGAUGUUUGCACCUUCAAUGUGACCAUCGAGGACAUUAACGAUAAUGCGCCCGUCUUCAAUAAGGCAUUCUAUGAUGAAUCCAUGUCCGAGAACACAAACGUCGACGCAGUGGUUAUGUCGAUCAGUGCCAGCGAUUUUGAUGAUGGCAACAACAGCAUUGUCGAGUACGAAAUACUUAUGGAGCGUGAUUAUGAAUACUUUAAAAUCGACAAGGAAUCGGGCAUCAUCUAUUUGAAGCGUUCGAUUGACAAGCGACCGGGACAAACAUACACGAUCAAUGUGCGUGCCUAUAAUUUAGGAAACGAUCCCUUGCAAGAGGCGCGUAUCGAGGUGCGAAUCCGUGUGGUCGAGUCAUCGAUAAAGCCACCCUCCUUUGUGGAUCCUAUUAUGGAGCCCAUCUAUCUAAAGGAAGAUCUCAAAAAUUUCUCUGUGCCGAUUGUCACCCUGCGCGCAGUCUCUAAUAUGCCUGAUAAACCAGAGGUGAUCUUCGAACUGAUCACUGGACGUACCGAGCAAACGAAUGGCAAGAACACAUUUGUAUUCAAUCAGAUUGGCAACGAAGUUACAAUUCGACUGGGCAAGAGUCUGGACUACGAGUCCAUCACGUACUAUUCGCUGACGAUGAGUGUACGCAACACAUUCGAGCUGGCUGCCGAGCACAACAUCAAGAUCAUUGUCGAGGAUGUCAACGAUAAUAUUCCGUUCUUUACUGAGGUCAAGUCGGGCACGAUAUUGGAGAAUGAACCGGAGGGCACACAGGUGAUGCAAGUGCGUGCCUUUGACAUGGAUGGCACUGCUGCCAACAACAAUGUCACAUUCCAGCUGGACGACAACACGGAAUAUUUUGCCAUCGAUUCGUAUACUGGUAUCAUCACAGCACGGAUUCGAUUUGAUCGAGAGGAACGCGAUUUUUACAAUGUCAAAGUCAGGGCAACGGACAAUUCGCCGUCGAGUCUGUUCAACACCGGGGAACAUAAUGUUGGCUAUCAGGUGUUCCGCAUCGCCAUUGGUGAUAAGAACGAUCACGCGCCGCAUUUCCAGCAAACGCACUAUGUGGCCGACAAGUUGUUGGAGGAUGCCAACACAAAUUUCGAGGUGAUCGAAGUAAAGGCCGAGGAUGAGGAUAAUGCUUCGCAGAUUUUGUACAGUAUUGAAAGCGGCAAUGUGGGCGAUGCUUUUAAGAUUGGCCUCAAGACUGGCAAGAUUACUGUUAACCAGCGACUCGACUACGAGACCAUUACCGAGUAUGAACUUAAGGUGCGCGCCUUUGAUGGCAUCUACGAAGAUUUUGCCACAGUUACCGUGAAGAUCGAAGAUGUCAACGAUAAUCGACCUGUGUUCAAAGAGGAGUACAGCAAGACGAUUCGCGAAGGUCCAGUGCUCUCCAACGAUUGCAUUCUGAUCAUUGAGGCCUAUGAUCCGGAUAUUAAGGAUCGCAACGCCCCGCAGCAUAUUGUGUACUCCAUUGUCAAGGAGGAGCACAGGAAGUUGUUGACUAUUGAUAAUUCUGGCUGCUUGCGUCUGAUUCAACCACUCGAUCGAGAUCCACCCAAUGGACAUAAGAGCUGGCAAGUGCUGAUCGCGGCCAACGAUCACGAUGGCGAGGUCACAAGCCUCCAAUCCGUGCAGCCCGUGAUCAUUACGCUGGAGGACAUCAACGAUAACGCUCCGUUCCUGGUCAAUCAUAUGCCCGUCAUCUGGCAGGAGAAUCGUAAUCCCGAUAAAGUCGUGCAGCUGCUGGCGGAUGACUACGACGAGCCGCAGAAUGGACCGCCCUUCACCUUUGGCAUUGACAGCGAAGCAUCGUCGGACAUCAAGACCAAGUUCAGCAUCGACAAUGAUUAUCUCUUUGCUAACGUGUUUUUCGAUCGCGAGGAGCAAAAAGAAUACUUCAUACCCAUUAGGAUCAGUGAUUCCGGGGAGCCUAAACUGAGUGCGGUGAGCAUACUGCAUCUGAUCAUUGGCGAUGUCAAUGACAAUGCCAUGACGGAGGGCUCGUCCCGCAUCUUCAUGUACAACUACAAGGGCGAGGCACUGGACACGGAUAUCGGUCGCGUCUUUGUCGACGAUCCCGAUGACUGGGACUUGGACGAUAAGACUUUCCAGUGGAAGAACGGUUAUGCGCACGAACACUUCCGCCUCAAUCCCAGCACCGGCAUGAUCACCAUGCUCAAAGGCACACCUGAGGGCGAGUAUUUGCUGGACUUUACAGUUACCGAGGUGUCGCCGUUGAUCGAACGCCACGAGGUGGAUGCCGAUGUCACGGUUCUGAUCAGAGAGCUACCCGAGGAGGCGGUGGACAAGAGUGGCAGCAUUCGCUUCGUCAACGUCACCAAGGAAGAGUUCAUCAGCGUUAGCCGCGACGUUCAGGCGGAUGACAACUUUUCGCUUAAGGAUCGUUUACAGCAUUCGUUGGCGCGACUCUUCAACACCUCCGUCACGAACGUGGAUGUCUUUACGGUGGUAGAGAAUGCCGACAAUCGGCAUCUGGAUGUGCGCUAUUCUGCCCACGGUUCUCCCUACUACGCACCCGAGAAGCUCAACGGUAUUGUGGCUCAAAAUCAACAGCGUCUGGAGCAAGAACUCGGUCUGCAGAUGUUGAUGGUCAACAUUGAUGAGUGUCUGAUCGAGCGACUAAAAUGCGAGAGCUCCUGCUACAAUCAGUUGACCAAGAGUUCGGUGCCCUAUGUGAUCUACUCCAACACCAGCUCCUUUGUGGGCGUCUAUGCUUUUGUCCAGGCGCAAUGCGGCUGCCAGGCGCCACCUGCUACAGUGCACUGUCUCAACGGUGGGACACCUCGCUUUGGCGAUGACAACGCCUGCGACUGCGAUGAUGGCUUCACUGGCCCUCACUGCGAACUUGUCUCGGUGGGCUUCUAUGGCAACGGACAUGCCUUCUAUGAGCCCAUCGCCGCCUGCGACAACACGCGCAUCAGCUUGGAGAUUACGCCGCAGCAUGAGCAGGGACUGAUCAUGUAUCUGGGACCGCUGCACUACAAUCCAUUGCUGCCGCUGAGUGACUUCUUGGCCCUAGAACUGGAUAAGGGUUAUCCGGUGUUGAGCGUGGACUACGGCACAGGCAUGGUGCGCAUCAAGCAUAGUCACAGUCAACUGAAGCUGGGUCGCUCGUAUCAACUGGACAUUCUACUGCAAAACGCCAGCGUCGAAAUCAAUGUGGACAAUUGCCGUCUAUCGACUUGCAUGAGUCUCAGCGCUCCCCAAGGUUCCAACGAGUUCCUCAAUGUAAAUGCUCCUCUGGUGCUCGGCGGUGCUCCCGUGGAUCUGGCGCAACUGGGACGUCAGCUCAACUGGACCCAUGUGCCCAAUCAGCAAGGCUUCUUUGGUUGUGUACGCAAUCUAACUGUCAACGAAUACACCUACAAUCUCGGCAUGCCAGCGCUCUCCACGAACAUUGACAGCGGCUGCCAGCGAGCUGUGGCUGUGGCGGUUAGUUUUGGCAUUGAUCGUAACUUUAUCAUUGCGAUCAUCACGUGCAUUGCCCUGUUGCUGAUCAUUCUGUUGGCUGUGGUGGUGCAGAAGAAGCAGAAGAACGGUUGGCAUGAGAAGGACAUCGACGAUAUACGCGAAACAAUCAUCAACUACGAGGAUGAGGGCGGCGGCGAACGCGACACCGACUAUGAUUUGAAUGUGCUGCGCACUCAGCCCUUCUACGAGGAGAAAUUGUACAAGGAUCCACAUACACUGCAAUCGGGCAUGCGGGAUCCUAACGAUAUACCCGACAUUGGGGACUUCCUCGGUGGUAAGAAGGAGAACUGUGAUCGCGACACGGGCGCCUUCACUGUCGACGAUGUGCGGCAUUAUGCGUACGAGGGCGAUGGCAACUCUGACGGCAGUUUGUCGAGCUUGGCAUCCUGCACCGAUGAUGGCGAUCUCAAUUUCGAUUAUCUAUCCAAUUUCGGACCACGCUUCCGCAAGCUGGCCGACAUGUACGGCGAAGAGCCUUCCGACACCGAUUCAAAUGUGGAUGACGAGCAGGGCUGGCGCAUCUAAACAAAAAGUAUCCACGUUUGAAAUUGGCGAUAUUGAAAAGACUUUUACGAUUAGUUUUUGUGUGUAGGGCGGCAUAGCCGAGAUAGAGAGAGACUCCAAUCGAUCGAUCGGCCAGUGUCGACGACAUGUCGUCCACUCUUGUGGAAGACAUUGCAAAUAUAUAUAAAACAAAUUAGUAAUAGGAUUUUUUUUAUAUAAUUGAAUGGAAUGGUUGGUGUAGAAUGGCAUCGAAUCGAAUCGAGGAGGAGCAUUGCAAGGGAACAUCUCUUUUGUAACGUUUGUAAUCGCAAAAAGUGAUCUUGAUCUUACGUAAAGAAAUCUUAAAUCUAACACAAAAGUUAACUUAAAUUUAGCGAAGCAACUGCGAACAAAGCUGGAUCGUAUUGUUGUCUGUAUUUUUGCGACAAAAAAUAUAGAAUAGAACACACAAAUUAAAACAAACAAUAUAAAUACAUACACAUAUGUAGCAUACACAUGUAAGUUAGUAAUGUUUAAUAACAAAAACUACAAAUUAUGAAAUGAAAAUCAAAAGAAAACAGAAAAUAACAAAAAAGAAAUUCAACGAAAAUUCCUACGAAUAAUAUUAUAUGUUAAAUGGAACAGAUGGCAUUUGUUUUUCGCAUAUUUCCAAGAUGAACGUUUACAAUUAUUAUGUAAUUUAGUUAAUAAUAUGUUAAUUUAAUGUACAAUUACUACAAAAGGCAUUACGUUUAGGGCAUAGACAAGAAACAAACUGGCAGCUAAUGAAGCUCCUUCAAACUUCCGAGUAACACUUUAAACUAAACUCUUAAGACAAGUCGAUAUAAUCCAUAUUUUAUAAUUAAUUUAUAUUCAAGAAAAACAAAACAAACAAAAAAAUAACGAAGACGGGAGUUUAAUGCUUAAGUUAUCGCUGUAAAUGUAUCUUAUAAAUAUAUUUACUUAUAUAUUCUGGAUAUCAAUCAAAAAACAAA